AUGGCGUCAGACACAAUAUUGGGAUCUCCAGGUCCAGUGGAAAUCGCCAUGCGACAAAAACUCGUGACCUUGCUCCAACCGUCUAAACUAAUCAUUACCAACGAAUCGCAGUUGCAUAGACAUCACGCCGCAAUGCGCUCUCAAGGUGGCGGGAAUGGAGAAACACAUUUUGCCGUGCAGGUAAUCUCAGAUGCUUUCAAAGGGAAGAACACGGUGCAACGCCAUCGCCUGAUAUACUCUGCCCUUUCUGAAGAAUUUUCUCAAGGGUUGCAUGCACUUUCGCUAAACACUAAGACAUCGGAGGAGGCGCAGAGAUGCCAAGCUGAAAACUGA